CGUCUCAGCUUUGGGCGUCUCAGGGAAGCCGAGGCUCGCAGGUGGAGCCCGGGUCUGAGCGCAUUCUAGCCGCCCCGGCGUCCCGAUCGCUCCCGGGAAACCUCGGCCCGGGGCUUCUGGCAGCGCCCGCGGCGCAGGGCUCGCGGAGCGAGGUGUUCUGCGGGGAAGGGUGAACCGGACAGGCCAUGGGCGCGCAGCGCGGGAGCGUGGGCUUUCGCUGUCUCUUGCUCUUGGCUCUCUUUGGGUGCACCCGAAGCGAGGGCGUGCAGACCUGCGAAGAAGUUCGGAAACUUUUCCAGUGGCGGCUCGCGGGAGCUGUCAAGGGGCUGCCGGAUUCGCCGCGGGCAGGACCUGAUCUUCAGGUUUGCACAUCCAAAAAACCAACAUGUUGCACCAGGAAGAUGGAGGAGAGGUAUCAAAUUGCGGCUUGCCAAGAUCUGCAACAGGUACUUCAGACAUCUACCUCUGCACUAAAGCAGCUCAUCGCUCGAAAUGCAGCUGCUUUUCAAGAAACUCUCGAAACUCUCAUCAGACAGGCAGAAAAUUACACCAGUAUACUUUUCUGCAACGCCUACAGGAACAUGGCCUUAGAAGCUGCUGCUUCCGUUCAAGAGUUCUUCACUGAUGUGGGACUCUAUUUAUUUGGGGCAGAUGUCAAUCCCGAAGAAUUUGUGAACAGAUUUUUUGACAGUCUUUUUCCUCUGGUCUACAACCAUCUCAUUGAUCCUGGUGUGACCGACAGUUCCCCGGAAUACUCAGAAUGCGUCCGCAUGGCUCGGAAGGAUACUAGUCCAUUUGGCAAUAUUCCCCAAAGAGUAAGGGCGCAGAUGGGGAGAUCGCUGCUGCCCAGCCGCACGUUUCUGCAGGCUCUCAAUCUGGGCAUUGAAGUCAUCAACACCACAGACCAUCUCCACUUCUCUAAAGAGUGCGGCAGAGCCCUCCUGAGGAUGCAGUACUGCCCGUAUUGCCAGGGCCUGACUCUCAGUCAGCCCUGUAUGGGAUACUGCCUUAAUGUUGCCAGGGGAUGCCUGGCACACGUGGCAGAGCUUAAUCCACAUUGGCACGCAUAUAUCCGGUCCUUGGAAGAGCUGUCAAAUGCCAUGCAUGGGACUUACGACGUUGAACACGUGCUCUUGAACUUUCACUUGCUGGUUAAUGAUGCCGUGUUCCAGGCCCACAGCAAUGGACACAAGAUACUGGAACAGGUGAAUAAGAUCUGUGGUCGUCCGGUAAGAGCACCCACACAAAGCCCCCGUUGUUCUUUUGAUCCAAGUAAAGAGGGGCAUGGAAUGAAGAUCUCUGUAAGGAAUGACGAAGAGACGCUUGCCAACAGAAGAAAAGAUUUUAUCAACAGCCUCCGAUUGUACAGGUCAUUCUACGGUGGCCUGGCUGAUCAGCUUUGCGUUAAUGACCUGGCUGCUGCUGCUGGACUGCCCUGCUGGGAUGGAGAAGAUCUGGCACGAAGCUAUACUCGGCAUGUGGUUGGAAAUGGAAUCAAAGCCCAAUCUGGAAAUCCUGAAGUCAAAGUCAAAGGAUCUGAUCCAGUAAUAAAUCAGAUAAUUGAUAAACUAAAGCAUAUAAUACAGCUGCUGCAGGGAAGGUCGCCCAAGCCUGACAAGUGGGAGCUUCUUGCGCUGGGCAGCGGUGGCGGCGUGGUGGAGCAGGUCAGUGGAGACUGUGACGAUGAAGAUGGCUGUGAGGGAUCAGGCAGUGGAGAGGCCAAGCGGACUGUGAAAAUCACACACUCGAUGCCAGAGGACAUGAACCUCAGCGAUGUGGAACACAUUCACCAGACCGACGGGGGCAGCAUUCGGGAUGCAGCUGGUACAAGACGUGUGGCAGAGACUGAGCCUGCCACACUCGUGCUGAUGGCGCUGAUGGCGCUGAUGGCCCUGCCUGUGCUCUGGUGAUGGAACUCUUCUGUCCUGAUACAGCCUAUCAAGGCCUUGUUUUCUCCUGUCUCUUCUUAUGCCUGGGAAACAAAAGAGCUUUUUGGAUAUAGUAAUUAUAUUUAUGAAAAGGUAUGUCAUACUAACGUCUUAGAAGAAGCCAUGUUGGAAGAUUCACAAAGUACCUAAAAAUCAAAAUUAAAACAAUAGACUGUUUUAAAAUAAUGUCUUCUUACAAUCUAACUUAAACAUUCUUAAGUUCUAACAUAUUAAAUCUAAAAAUAUGAAAACUUCACAAGUGAAUUUGAAUAAGGACUUAGUAGCUCUGUAAUUUUAUUCUUCUUGAUUUCAAACCCUCUUCUUUAUAAAACUGAAAAUGUUUUCAUUUGAAGGUGUAUUUGUCAGAUAAUGGAAGCAAUACAUAGAAUCUCCUACAGUACUAGAAAUAGAAUUACAUUAAGUCAAUCAAAAUACACAAUAGCAAGUAUUAUGCAUGCAGUUUCAAAUGAUUCAUUUUUUGUGAGCUAAAGAGGGAAAUUAAUAAAAGUCUAUUAUAAGGGAUUCAGUAGAUUACUGAGGAGAUCGCACAUAAUUUCAUCGAAGAAGCUUGUAAUUUUUAUCCACUGUAACUUAGUCACUGACAAAUCUUAAAGCUGAAUAUUUCAUAGCAGCUGGCUUAUAUUUCAUUAUAUUCAAAAUACAUCUUUGGUGUUGUAACUACUUCCUCUCUCUGUCCAAGGUAUAUAGCUAUAUUUCCAAGCACACACGUGCUCUAUGAUAUCUCCAAUAAAGCUGUUAAUUAUUUGAUGGGAUGUAAAAAGAACAUUAGUAAUUUUCAUCUGGAGAAAAUAAUAUCGUCACUCAUUUUUGAAAUAUUAUUUGUUACUUCUUUUAAAAGUUCAACGUUGAACAAAUGGGCUGUGCAUUUCUAGGCUCUGAUGAAUAUCCAGAUACGCAACACAGAUAUGUGGAAUGCAGUGCUUUGGCUCCUUUCCUAUGUGCAUAUUAGCAGAGCUGUUGAUCCACAAUUCCUAAUUUCCAGUUGUGAUAAUGUGCCUCAGCAGACAUGGAUAGGAUACACCAAAAGUUGUGCUUGAGGAGGAAAAGAUAAGUCAGCUUUUAUUAAGAAGUUCAGUCAAUAGCCAGAGAAUAUAAUUAAUACAAAAUCAAAGAACAGAAAAGGGAAUUGCCAAUCUUCUGAAGUAAAGCAAUCAAAAGGACUUGAGAUGAUCUCUGAUGGAGCUGAAAAGGACUUACCCAACAGCAAACAUUAAGGGAAAGUCAGUUUCUCCAAAUCAAGAAACACUACGUGAUCAAACAAUGUCACUCAGAUCUCUCAAUUAACUAAGUGAUCCAAGGACAGUCAGUUUAAGUCACAAUAUUUUUUACCACCCAAUCAGAUUUUAUUGUCUGUUCAAACACACCUCAGAACGGGAAGUAUUAUUCUGUGUCCAUUCUGGGUGUCAUUUUCCAUCACUCCCAUUCCACACUUUGAUAGCUUCCCCAGCCUGUUCAGUGUGUAAUUAAUUCAUUUGCAUGAUCUCAUCACUCCACAGAUAACAAGCGUAAACUCAUUCUACAAGUUUUUACUUCAACCUCAGUUCCAUAUUUAAAUAAUUCUUGGAAAAGAGUAAAUGAAGUCACUGGGUUGCUGCAGAAUUGGCUUACUAUGGCAAAAUUUCUGACCCCCAAAUUAGGCGAAUCUAAUUUUAAAGCAAACAAACUGAAGAACAUAGUUUAUCAGUCUAAAAUGUAUCUGGAUAAAAUUAGCUGUUUGAAGAUAAUUUCAGAAAUGGCAAACAAUGGAUAAAAGUAGAAUAAUAAAGUCAAUAAAUAGAAUUAGUAAAUAUUCUUUGUUAUGUACAUUUUAAAUGCUCAAAUGGGUGUUGUGUCCUUCCAGCUAUGUACUUUGGAAAUGAUAUACAUGUCAGAAAAAUGCUGCCAGUGCUCAAAGCUCUGGGAGGUUUUCAGAAUUUCUCCAAAGGCCUGAGGCAUGAUUUUUAAUAUUCUCAAUGAGGACAUUCAUCUUUUAAUACUUUAUUCUGUGACAUUUUAUAUUUAUAUAGCUUUUUGUGAUUUACAAAGCUCUUUGAAAUGAGACAAAGUAUUUCAUUUGACCUUCCUCACCCAUAAAGGAUGAGCUUGAUUUUUAGUAAAAUAAAAACACUGGCACUGGUUUUUCUUUUUAAAUAUGGCUCUGAACUUACAGCUGAAGAGUUCUCCAAAAGGAAUGCCUAAGAGGGUCUUGAGCAAUAGUGAAAUUGUUAGUAUGUGGAUCAACUUUCCUUGAUGACUUAAUGGAUGAUGCCUAGGUUAAAUGAAUACAUGUAAAGGUAUCACUAAUAUCUGUAUAAUCCUCUUUUAUAGUGGAGUGAUUUAAACAAAACCAUUUUUGAAUCUUGAGCUAUUUUUAUAUAUUUUAAGGAAUCACAAAAAUUAAUCUGAGGAAGUGUGCUGUAGCUCCAUAGUCGAGCACACUCUUACCAUGCAUGAGGCCCCAGGUUCAAUAUCCAGGGAUGAAAAGCAAAGCAGAUCCCCUUUGCCCAGUGUUUUGCAUAGAUGCAGAAAUUUACUUGACUUUUCUUUUAUGUAGACAUAAUAAAUGUGGCAUAUGCAUGGCCUCCUGUAAAUUUCCCAAUAAUAUUACCGCCUCCAUUUUAUCAGUGAGGGAACUGAGGCUUGGAAACAUUGUCCAAUGUCAUAUAUCUAAUCAUAGUAGAAGACUGGUGACUCUACAUAAAUAAGAAGCAAACUGUAUUCCUGAUCAAAGAUAUCACAUUUGUAGAACAAAAGAGAAGAACCACGGGUUAGCAUAAAAAUAAGUCAGAAUCAUUAACAUCUCAAAGCUAGGGGUUAAAUAAAAUUCAAUUGACUAUAUAAUUAUAAUUACAUAGUUGUCAAACUUCAUUAAACUGUGAAAACAUAAUGAAAAGAAAAAAAUGUAAAUAUGCACUGUUUUUCAGUAAGUUACUACUCUCCCAUAUAUUUGAAUUUCAUUAAAACAAAUCAGUUACCAAAGGUGAGAAAGAAAACAAAACUUGUAUAACUAGCUUGGGAUCAUGAAGUUACAUUUAGUUUUUAUGUAUGAUGAGUAUAAAAUAAUUCCAGGUCCAUGUAAGAGCAUGAGAUUUUUGAAAAACAACAACAGAAGGAAGAAAAGAAAAAGAGUGUGGCAGAGUAUUAUUUUUAAAAUCCUAGCUGUGCACUUUUAUUCCUUAUUUAUUUAGUGGCAUCUUAUGAAUGAAAUAAUGUCUGUAGUGUUUUUUUUUUUCUCAUUAAAGAGUAGAUGUUAGUAAGCUAUUUUCCCAAACACUCAUAUUUUCUGAAGCUCUUAAUAAUGAUGCUUUGAAAAGGACUCAAUGAGUUUAUUAUUAAUUGUUUUCAAUCGCUUCAUAUAUUGUUUGUAUCACUAGAACCCCUCAAGUACAAAAAAAAUAUAUUUCUUCUUUCAUGAAAUAAUUCAGACAAGACUUCUGUUUUUCUGCUGGCAAUUCACUGUGUAAGUUCUGAAGUUAGUAUUUCUUUAAGUUGCCAUUUUGAAUCAUGCAAUUACAUUGGUUGAAUGAAAAUUCAAUAAUACUAAUGAUCAUUAAUGUUGUUAGGUAUGAUUUUGGGCUAUUGAGUU